AGCUGAAAGCCACCAGUUUCAGUCUAUCGAUUGCGCAGACCAAUUCCAAGCGGAAGCGCUCUUCGUUUUGCGACGGGUUUUGCGAGUCCUCGUGGAUUGUGUUGUGCGAUUUUUUUUCCUCUGUGCACUGUUCAGAUUUUGCGAUACACAGGCUCUCAUCCUACUCUCCAGUGAGUGAGAUUGGCUUUUGGCGGCACGGACAAACAACACGGACCAUGCUCUUUGAUUGACUCCGUCGUAACCUGUCGAGCGUAGUCUAUACCCAACUAGAGUGAUAGGCCUCUGGUACGCGAAGAAAAGGCGCGCGUGAGCCCAACUUCUGCUCCAAACUCCUACUCCGGCAGCUCCCCACACACAGUGAGUGAGUGCGGCACCUUUGGCAAAUCAGCCAACAAACCAACCGAGUGACGAGUGUUUUGGGGGAUCACUCGGGUCUCAGUGAUAAUCGCUACCGCUGCCACUUUGGAUGCUUUUGGCAAGUGACCGCGCGCUUUGUUGGCCAACCGCAGCCUAACAAUCAACAGUUAGCAGAAUAGUGUAUCGUGUCUCUGUCUAAUCUCGCGACCAAAUCGUGUGCCGCGCCACCCAAACCCAACAGAAGAAUACGACCAAAACGACGUCGAGUUACUCGGGGGCCCAUUACAGCGAACGGCCUAUCGCCCGGACGUGAUUGCCCGUUUAAUCUAAUAAAUCUACAACCGCGGACCGCGUAGGACUGCUUUUAUCAAAUUACCAUCAGCCGUGGACCAGAAAUCGCGCUCAUCGUUCAGGAAUACCCAGAGCUGUUCGUCGUCCAUCAACAGUGCGGUGCUCGAGAGAAGAUAAAAAACCGAAAUCCUAAAACCUGGAUCUAGUGGAAAAAAAAUUAGUGACUGCGCUAUCAAAGUGAACGCGGCGAAAAGUGACAACUCAAUUAGUUGACCAAAAUAAACCCGUAAAAGACAUCCCAUAGAUAGAUUAAAUCCUCAAUCGGUUUAAAGUUCUCAAAAAUAAAAACAUCAAAACUUGUGCAAUUCAUCUGCCCUUCCAACUUUAGCGCCCCAUAAAGUGUUUCUCGGUUUCAAGUGUUACUCAAAUCAUCAACUAAGCUGGAUUUUUAGUUGGUUUCCAAGCUAAGGAAAAAGAUACCAAAUUUUGUGAUAAUUGUAUGUGCCUUUUUCGAAGCGUGUGUAGUAAAUUAAUCGAAAUCCUCCUACGAAAAUUUUGGCCUAACAGUGCAAAAAAUUUUUUGAUCCCAAUUCUGUGUGUUUUCUUCCGAACAAGUGGAGGGUCACAUUUUCGGGUGUAAUUUAAACAAAACCAAAAAGCGCGUGAGGUGAGCUAUCACUACUAGCGUUUCUCUCGUGAUUGUGCUCUCUCGUGAUUCGAAAACCAUACCGGAUUAAAAAAAAAGUUUUGAAGUGAAAAUCUAAAAAAAAUAUAGUGAAACUAUUGUGUUGUAAGUUACUAUAAGUGAAUCAAACAAAAGCGGAGGAAUCACAACAGGACCGAUUGAUUUGCGACAUGAUUAUGACGGCAAUGAAAGUUUAAUUUCCCCACACACAUCUUCCGUUUGCUGGACCGCCGGCAAAGUCGAAAGCCACUCAGCCGACGGAAAACUGAGCUCACUCCGGUUGACGAUUUCCACUAUUCAUUCCUGCAAAACAUCGACGGAAAACUUGUUUAAGGGUCGCAACGCAGCUUUAAUGAUGAUGUUGCUUCCAUACAGUUCGUCGUUCAUCGUUAUGCUGCCUAUGUUGGUACAUGUUUCGUUUAACCUCCUCCCGAAAGCUUGAAUGGACUACCUACUAGUGUCGUGGGGUGGUGGAAUGUUUAAUCACUGUAAUCUUUCUCUGCAAGCGAGCCGAGCUAGGACCUUUAGCAUAUCGUAUCUGGUUUGAGAAGUACAUAAAGCAUAAAGUUUCGCGAACGACGAAGAACGAAGAAGAGCAAAGCUAGGAGAGUUUAUUGAAGUUUUAAAGUUGCUCAGCACGUGUUUUUAAACUUCCUCUCUAAAAAAUAUAAAAUAAGAGUGAGAAUCACGCUCUCAAAAACGGAGAGCGGGAGCCAAACAUAACGAACAGAGCAACAGAAUCUUAACGAAAAACCGGUCCCCAGCAAAACAGUCACAACGACGACGGCCAGCGAAGCUUUAUCGAACUGGGCCAAACGGCAGGCGGCAGCAUCCUCGGCGGCCGGGAUCAGCAGCAGCAGCAGUAUUCCCACUACAGUUGCAGCCGGUUCGCAUCUGAACGGUAACGCCGGCAUGACGUUUCGGUGCGUGCCCUCGUACGAUGCCAGCGCUCAAUGGACACUGACACCGUCCCUUCAAUCACAGCUGGAGCGGCUUACUAGUCAUGGUGGCAUCGGGCUGUCCGGGGGCAGUCCGGCCUACACCACCCACGCCAGUGGCCACACGGGCCGGAACGGACCCACUAGCGGACACGGCGGAAGUCACGGGAGUUCGCACGGGCCCGGACCCACCAUGCACCACCAGACGCUGCAAUCCGAUUUUCAACCGCCGUACUUUCCGCCCCCCUUCCAUCACACUACCCAGAGCCCCCCGCAGCAACAGAACCACGGGCUGGACUACCUGAGUACGGACCCGUACGCCCAACCCCUCUCAUCGUUGCAUCACGCCCCCCUACAUCACUAUAACCAGCUAGCCGGGCUAAGACCCUCCCAGGAACAACUCGGACUGCACCGGUCCCAUCGAGAAUCCGAACUCCAGCAGCACGUGACCCAGCUGUCCCACGGUUUCCCGUACUCGGACCGGCGAAGUGAUUACAGCGGCACGAUCGGAGCCAGCGCCGGGGCCACCCGUCUGGGAGCCCACGAACACGAUCCCCUGUCCCUGCAUCAGGCGCUCCAGAGUGCCGUGGACGAUGGCCAGAACCCGGUGAUAGACGAAAAUGCCGGCUUCAUGAGCGACCUGCCGCUGCUGAAAAAUUUUCCCAUCACCGACAUCAAGAAGGACCAGAGCCAAAUCAACAUCGGUUCCCCGUCAGACGUGUUCUGCUCCGUGCCCGGUCGGCUCAGUCUCCUCUCCAGUACCUCCAAAUACAAAGUAACGGUGGCCGAAGUGCAACGACGCCUCUCGCCACCGGAAUGUCUCAACGCUUCCCUCCUCGGCGGAGUUCUCAGACGUGCCAAAAGUAAAAACGGAGGCCGACUGCUGCGGGAAAAGUUGGAAAAAAUCGGGCUAAAUCUUCCGGCGGGGCGACGCAAGGCUGCCAACGUAACGCUGCUAACCUCCCUGGUGGAAGGUGAAGCGAUCCAUUUGGCGCGCGACUUUGGCUACGUGUGCGAAACAGAAUUCCCAGCUCGGCAGGUGGCCGAAUAUCUGUCCCGGCAGUACUCCGAGCCGCAGGAAUCGUACCGGCGAAAAGAACUGCUAUUGAAUACCAAACAGAUAACGAAAGAACUGAUGGACCUGCUUAAUCAGGAUCGGUCACCCCUCUGCAAUACCAGACCGCAGCACAUUCUGGAUCCAUCGAUUCAGCGACAUCUGACCCACUUUUCGCUCAUCUCGCACGGGUUUGGUUCACCAGCCAUCGUUGCUGCCCUGACUGCCAUUCAGAACUUCCUCAACGAGUCCAUCAAACAUCUGGACAAAAUGUAUCCCGGCAAUGGUGGUAGCAUGGUGACGUCAUCGCUCGACAAAAGCAAGAUGGAGAACGACAAGAAAUGACAGUUAUAAAAUUAUCUGUUCACCAAAAUUGAACGAUUCUAGAUGGCGCUCAAUUCCUGUAUAAAAACCAAUCGGACAGAAUCGUCUCACAGGACCGACUCAAUGAUUCGCGUUCCUCUCAGAUCGGUACACAUUGUAAAAAAAAGUAAAACAAAACGCAAAUAAAAUCGUGAUGUAUAGAAAACAAAAAUGAAAGCAUCAGAUAAGCGAUUCAGCGCAAUUAGCGCCUAGAAACAAGUUACACUAUGAGAUUUCAAACCACAUUGAUUAUAAUUAAUUAGUAUUGGUCACCAUUGCAAGCAAACAAAAAUGUACUCGAAAGUCUGCACGUUUUAUCUCUCGGUGUUCUCAAUAUAUUUAACUGUAAUCAAUUGAAGGCAUAUUCGUGAAGAGAACAAGUAUUGUUUAGUAUUUUAUAAUCCUUUUGUGAUAGACUAUUGUUUAUAAUUGAAUAUAGAAGCUAGCACGUGUACAUUCAGUAAUUAUUUAAAACUAGAAAUAAUAACCAUUGCAAUUGAAGUUUCAUGCAUCCGCAAUUCCAUGCUAGAGAAGGUAAAAAAUAAAAACAAACUCAACAUAGCUUAGGUAAAAACGCAAGCAGUCUCAUCCUAAAGCCCGCAAACAGUUUUAUGCUGACUGACUAUAAAUGGAAGAUUUAUUUAUUGUUUUAUUUGAUAAGUUUAGAAAAAAAAAAUGGAAACAUCUUAUUGACUAUGAAGUAAAGCCAUCGAGGCUUAGAAGAUAAACUUGUGAAAUCAUGUGCCAAAUCAUUGCGCAAAGGACAAAAUCCCCAGAUCGCCAUAUUAAACCACUUUGUCAUGUGCCAAUUGAACGUUUUUAAAUAUUUUUACAUAAGCUCUGCUCAACGGACCUGUAACAGCAAAAAAUAUGUCUCACUACAUUUGACUUUCGGUUCUCCCUUUCUGUGCCAUGAUUCCAAGGUUAAAAAAAGAAAAUGUUACACACACAAAUCAUCCAUCAUAAUUGUUACAUAAUUCCAGCUAAAACUUCAUUUUAGAGGAACCAACAAAAAAAAACUUGCCAAACAACCAUACUCUUCCAAUUGUUGUCGAAGCGAAAAGAAAAAAAAACCUGUAAAGUUGUAAAUUUUUUCCUAUAAAUAAAGGUAUUAACUAUAUCCGGAUGUUUUUUCGGAGCUACAAUUAGUAAACUUUGCUGAAAGUUUAUCUCCAUGUACAAAACAAAUUAAGCAAACACUCACUAUUAGUAAAAAUUAUAUUAUUGAAAUUUUCCACAAACUACUAUUAACUAAGCAAAAAUGCAGCAAAACACAGAUCAAAUUUGUGUUUAAAUUUGCUGACGAAAAAAAAGAUUACAAAAAAUGAAAAACACAAACCGUACAAUUUUUGCAAAGCUCACACUCACAAACAUUCAAACGUGCAUAAGUAUAAUUCUUGACCCGGGGAAAAUCAACCAAGUUAUGCCGAUCGAACGUUUCUCCACCCCAGCCUCAGUUUCGAUCAAAGAUUAAAACUACCCGUGUAAAGGAUCAAUUUUCGCGUCCCCUGAAAGCUCAAAUCAAAACUGCUCCCGACAAAGUGUUUGCUGUUCGGGAAUCCAGAAGCAAACGACAAGUUAAUAGUGCGCGAUAGUUCAGUAAAUCUUAAAUUAAAUGUCAUCAACACACGGAUACGCAGACACAAUUACAUUCCUAUAAAAAAAAAUGCCCCCACACUCAACAGAUGUAAAAACAAACAAAAAAAACUAGCGAUAUAUCAACAAACCCCAAUUUCAGAAGUAUUAUAAAAAAAUCAAUUUAAUGAAAAUAUAUAUUUUAAAUUCAAUCAAA